AUGCUUCCCAAAGUGAGCAGUGAUCGUACUUGGGUUGAAUGUUGGCAGAGAGCACUCAUGGAGGCAAAGCAGUACAUCAAGUCUGUUUACAAGGUAACGUGACUGUCUGCGUUACUUACGACUAAGCCUUAAUAUAGUAUAGUAUAAACAACGUUCUUAUAGUGUGAGCCGUGCCUGAUGCAAAUAAACAAACAAUACUGUAUAAUCUCAUUCGUAUCACGAAGGACUCAUUAUAACAGGGGCGUUUGCAGUAGCCCUUGUCAGUUUUAUUUUCUUUUAUGCACUGCCGAGCUUGAAAUGCGCUACGAAAAGACGUCAAAAGAUAUCGACAAAACUAGGCGAUGUUAAAGAUGAUACAAAAGAUGACUGAUAUUAAAGGGCCAUAGUACUUCUAUGAUAAUGUCAACCCCGCUUAUAGAUUUUCCAGUGGAGAUGAAUUUAAUUACUUUUCUAUUAUUAAUUAAUUAAUUCAUUUAUUUAUUCAAACACAGGUGCACCUGACAGCUGAAGCAAAUAUACCCGACCACUGUAUCACUUACGCACUAAGUGACCCAAAUGAUAAAUCUCUCUGCGUUGAGAGUCAACACGAUCAUGAAAACAGCUGUCUCCAGUGCGAGGAGCUGAAAUCUGCAUUAACGGAAAUAGAAGAAGCUCUUUCUAAGAAUUCCACCAUCCCCGAGGAUAUGCGUGACGACCUUCUCUACACUCACCAGAAUGCAGUACAAGCGAUACAAGCUUGGAAAGCGCAUCAGCUGAGGUCUCUGCAACAAGACAAGGCGCGCACAACCGUCCUUGAUGACCUAGACGAGACGAAGGUACUUAUAACCCAAGACUGGGCUAUGAAGUGGCUGCCACGGAGAUAUCGAGAAACCCAAGCCGACUGGUUUGGGAAACGAGGUAUCUCUUGGCAUAUUAGUGUGAUUGUGCGAAGGGUUAAUGCGACGUUACAGCACCAGGCCUUUGUCCAAAUCGUGGAAGACUGUAGCCAAGAUGCAAACAGCGUAAUCCAGCUUUUCGGUCACACCCUGAAGACUCUCAAACGUGAGCACCCAGAGAUUGAGACAGCAGCGCUGAGGCAAGAUAACGCCGGCUGUUAUCACAGCGUUGCCAUGGUAUCAGCACGUCGUCUGAUGGCAGGGGAAACCGGCAUCCGCGUAAAAAGGGUAGAUUUCAGCGAUCUCCAAGGUGGGAAGGGUGCGUGCGAUCGUAAAGCAGCAACUGUGAAGGCGCAUGUUCGCCGCUAUGUCAACGAAGGCCAUAAUGUGGUUACUGCGCGGGAAUUCCAUGACGCUAUGUUGUCUCACAAGGGCAUAAACGGUGUGCGAGUGGCUCUUGUCACCAGUUCCUCAGAUCAGAGCCAGCAGAUAAUUGCAUCUGACUACUCAGAAUUAUAGGUAAAAAGUUACUAUAAUUGUUGUAGGACAGACUAUCUAAAGCAUCACGUGCUUUUAUGACUAUUACAGGUGGAGGGACCAGGACGCUGGGAAGGAAUCAGCACCAUUAAUAACUUUUCUUACGGAGAUGACAAUCAAGUAACCGCGUGGAAGGCCUUUGACGUUGGACCUGGAAAAUCUGUCCCCUGGUCCCGACUACAAGGUCAGCCAAACAUCCAUUACCUUGUUUUUCAUAGGGGAAGUUGCCACGUGAUGAUACUUACUAAUGGUAUUUAUCCCCUUUUUCUUAUUUCAGUACCGAGUAAGCUACCUUGUCUGUCGUACGUGUUCCAAUUGUCACCUGGAGACUUUGUCCCAUGCUGGGAAAGGAAACCGUCGGCAAAAGCGACAGAAUCCCAGAUCAGCAGCAAGAGGGUCGAUGAAGAGAUUGCUGAAGACAGUGGCCUUUUCUGUUGCCCAGUGGAUGGCUGCAUAGAGAGCUAUCAAAGGUAUUCGAACCUCGAAAACCACAUCAUGUUUGGUCAGUGCUGCUUGCGACCGCACGUUAAAUACAACUUGUUAGAUCAAUCGGUCCUUCUUUAUGCAGAGAAGCUUACCGUCGGAGACAGUGCUCAGCCUACUCUCGUCGUCCAGGCUGAACAAUGUAAAGCUGUCGAGUCACUACAGAAAGGCUGGGCCCUAAAAGGAUCUAGGAAGACAGCGAGAUUUACGGAAAACCAGAGGAAGUACUUGAGUGAUAAGUUUAGAAUUGGUCAGGAGACGAGCCAUAAGGCUGACCCUGAACAAGUAGACGGGAAAUGCGGUAUGCGCGCAACGAAAGAGGCGAGCGCCCAUUCAAGGUGGACGAGUUUUUAACCGAGGGGCAGAUCCAGAGCUUUUUCUCUAGAACAGCCGCGAAACUUCGCCAUGCUGCUACUCCGGAGGACGACGAAGAGGAAGACACUGACGACCAAGCAGCCGAAGACGAAGAAGCUUUCUUAAUUACACGCGACACAAUCCUGAUGCAAUGCACACCGGUGCACCCCAUAGUAUACGACAGGUGGAACCUCUGUGCGAUGAGCUCGACCAAAAAGCUCAGUAAGCUGACUGUAGCUCAGCUUCGUGAGAUUUGCUAUCACUUCAACAUGGAGGAUACAUCAUCUAGGCACAGAAAAAAGCCAUAUCUGGAUUUUAUUUCAGAACUUGUGGCUGCCUGCUCUUGCACAUCCUUGGGCUAA